AUGACCAACAAGCAAUCAUACUUCGAUUUGAAGAAUCCUAUUGAGUGGAAUAUCGUUGAGUUCCAUCGCUUUUUCAUAGAAAAAAACAAAGAUAGACCGGAAAGACUCGAGUACAAGAGGGCUGCAGACAAACUCAACAAGAGUUUGCGAAGUAUUGUGAACACGUCAUCUAAUGUUGAUACAAUAAGAAAGGCAUUAAAACUUCAAGAAACAGCUAAGCGAGGACGUCGAAAAGGAGGAGUCUUAGACAAAAUUUGGACAUCUGUUGAAGCCGAAUUAGAAGAGAAGAAGUUAACAGAUCUUCAGUUAUAUGGACUGCUACAAGCAAUGCGGGCAAACCAAAACUAUGCAAGUAAGCUAAAUCAUGGUGCCUUGGAGAGUCUAGAAGGUGUAAUCACUUCAAUUAAGCAUAAGAGUGAGAGUGAACAGAGUGAACCUAAUAAAUUGAAAAGAAAGAUGAUUGAAUCCAAUGUGCUACAGCAGAUAUCUGACAAUGAGAGGAGACAGGUCAGAUGUCUUCAAAUGUUCAACGAGGAUAUCAGGGCAAAGAGGUUUGUCUGCCAUGCUGCAGCUGUGUCUCCUCACCGGAUGACGCAUCACCGAAAAAUUCAAAGUAAUUCUGCGAGAUCGCUCAAGUCUGGAUUUUCAAUGCCCACGUUGUCCUGGGUGAACCUGAACUUGAUUGGAGUUGGGUCUUCUUCCAAAAGAAGCCAUAGCUUAUAUGGCAGGUUAACCAUUUCCUAUGCAUGGAUGACAAAUAAUGUAUUGGGACAUCAGAAUACAAGCGCAAAUCCUUUCAAGAUCAAUACUAAGCUAUCUCUCCUGGGAGUCUUGCAAUUUGAUGAGUUUUUUUGA